AGCUGGUCGGCCGUAAGAACGCCUGCGUGCCUGCAUGCCUCCGUCCGUAGUUCUGACCUACUAACAUACAUCUUUUCGUGUUGUCACAUGCUCCCUCACUCCAGCUUACUCUGCUCCCGGAUAAGUGGGACGUUGUUGCUUGCCUGUCCUUACCCGCUUCACCUCGACCAGAUGCUCCUCUUACCGCGCGGCACUGAAGGUUAUUUAGAAGAUUCUCAUCAUCUCUGCCAAUAAAAUUGAAUCUAGACACUCCUGUUUGAGAAUAUGAAACAAAAGGAAGGAUAUGCGUGCAUUUUUAAAGUACUGAAGGUGUAUUAUGAGAAGUACUGGGGAAAUAGUUUGCUCUGUUGCUCAUUGUAUAUCUAUUACAAAUUGUUUCUGAUACAGCUGAUAAAAAUGCAGACCCUUAAAAAGGAACAUGGACCUGUUGACACAAGUAGCAAUGGGGAAAAAAUUAUGGUACUUAAAUCUACUUUAGCAGAAGUGUCUGAAGAAUUGUCUGCAAAUGUAGCGAUGCUACUCACUGAAGCUAGUGGAAAAAGCAAAUCUUCAGCUUGCCGGAGAAAGCGAGAAUUCAUUCCAGAUGAAAAGAAAGAUGCUAUGUAUUGGGAGAAAAGGCGGAAAAAUAAUGAAGCUGCUAAAAGAUCUCGUGAAAAACGGCGACUGAAUGACCUUGUUUUAGAGAGCAAACUAAUCGCAUUGGGAGAAGAGAAUACUACUUUGAAGGCAGAGCUGCUUUCUUUGAAACUGAAGUUUGGUUUAAUUACUUCUGCAGCCUAUGCCCAAGAGAUACAGAAACUUGGUAGUGCAACAACUGCAUAUUUUCAAGAUUAUCAAAGUCCCAAAUCAAAUAUUAACUCAUUUGUGGAUGAACAUGAACCAUCUAUAGUUUGUAGCAGUUAUAUUUCUGUCAUUAAACAUUCUCCUCAAAACUCUAUGUCUGAUAUGUCUGAAAUAUCAUCACUAGAGCAUACUCAAUCAAGUUGUAUGCGAAACAACUGCAGAAGUCCUGAAAAUAAGUUCCAGAUUAUAAAACAAGAGCCUGUGGAAUUAGAGAGAGAGACAAGAGAUGACAGAAGUUCACAGAAAGCAUCUGUAUAUCCGCACUACAUGGGAACUACCUUUAACAUGUACUCACAUUCUCCUUCUCUGUUCCAAGUCAAUAGGUUCUCAAGUAAUUCCCCCAGAACUUCAGAAACAGAUGAUAAUGCAGUUGGAAAGUCAUCUAAUGGUGAAGAUGAACAACAGGUUCCUAAGGGUCCAAUCCAUUCCCCAGCUGAACAUAAAAAUAUUCGUGCAACAGUUAAAGUUCCAGAAGUGAAUUCUUCAGCUUUGCCUCACAAGCUUCGAAUUAAAGCCAAUGCCAUGCAAGUUAAGGUGGAAGCAGUAGAUAAUGAGUAUGAUACUGCACAGAAACUAUCAUCGCCUAUUGAUAUGUCAUCAAUAAGACAUGCUGAGCUUGAAAAACACACUGCACAAAACUUGGUGCAUUCUUCUCUCACUCCUUUCUCAGUUCAAGUGACUAAUAUCCAAGACUGGUCUUUCAAACCAGAACUCUGGCAUCAAAAGGAACUAAAUGUAAGAAUUCAGAGUGGUUGCAAAGCUGAAAUAGUUGGACUAAAAGACAGUAUCUUCAGUCACUCUGAGUCAAAGAAGCUGUAUUUGAAGCAGGGCAUGGCAAACUUAUCUGCAGAGGUUGCUUUCCUUAAAAGAAUUAUAACUACACAACAAAUCUCAGCAUCAGACUCUGGUUAAGUUACUACUGAAUAAAGGCUUAUUGUUGUUUUUAUAUUUUUAAAAAGUCAUUUGCAGUACAUAAAUUUGUUUUGCAUUAUGCUGACAUCACUGGACAUGUGAUGUCGUUUCACUGUAAUGUUCAUAUAAUGUCUGGUGUCUUUUUGUGCACAAAUUGUUAUAGAGACUAAGCUGUGUUGUGUUCAUUAUGCCUUGUAAUGAUUUAGGAAUGGUACUCUAAUUUAGUGCUCCCACUGAGACUCUCCAAACCACAAUGGUGCCUGCUCACUCCUCCUUCUCCUUUUUUUCACUAUGGCAGCUGGAGAGGGGAACUGGAGGUACAAAAUGUGAAGAUCAUGGGUUGAGAUAAGAACAAUUUACUAGAAAUAGCAAUGAGAUAAGAAAAUGAACAGUAACAGCAACAGUAUUACUAACAAAAGUGUACAAAAGAGAAAGCAACUGCUCCCUCCCUGGGACUGGCAACCCCCAAAUUGCUCCCUCCAACUUGGGAUCAGCACCAUCCAACCACUCCAUCUGGCUUGGAACCAGCAUUAGCCCACCGCUCCAUCCACCGUGCUUGCUUGACCAGAAGAACCCCUUCUCCCCGGAAGAGAGUUCCUUUCCCCUGCUCCUGGAUACAAUUUAAGGUGGUAUAGAAUAACCUCCAGGUCCUGGCCAUGCCCCCUCCUGGCUACUGCAAAAAUUAACCCCAUCCUGGCCAGAACCAGGACACUUGUUUAUAGUCAAGUAACCAGUACAAAUGAUAUAUAUAGUGAACUUAGUUAACUUUCUUUUUCUUCUUCUAAACUGUAGAAAUAACCAGUUACAA